CUCUCCUCACUCUCUCAAUCGCUCUCUCCUUUUGAUCACUUCGGUCCCUUGCUCCACUCCCUCUCCCUUUCUCCUACACGGUUCUGUCACUCACUCACACACUCAUACCAGCUCUCCCUGGGCACCAUCUCCACCACUGAAGAUCCUCAUUGUGUCUUCGUUCUGCCAGGUGGACGCACUACCCACAGUCACCAUUUCCACCCCGGAGAGUUCCACGCUGGCUGCGCAGCCCCUUUCCCGGCUGAGCAUCGGGCGGAAGACCCUGGUGGCAGCUGCUGUGGGGGUCAUGCUGGUCCUGGUUCUGGUGGUCCUCAUUCCUGUGCUGGUCAGCUCCGUUGGCACAGGUGGCAUAGAUGACACUGCGAGCCACUACGAGAUGCUGGGUACCUGCCGCAUGGUUUGUGACCCCUUGCCCAGCACGGGCACGUCGGAUACAGGUGUGGACGCAGGAACAGAUGCAGCAACCACAGGCCUACAGGUGAACAACGAUGCAGAUCUGAGUGAUCAUAGCAUUGGCCCACCUCUGCCUACUUACAGUGCUCAUGGCCCACAAGGCAAACCAGGACGUCCAGGCAAGCCCGGACCCCCAGGACCACCUGGAGAGCCAGGCCCACCAGGACCUAAGGGUCCACCGGGAGAUGGUGUGGACAUUGUACGGACAGGGAUUCUAGGUUUAGGGGGUAGAGGGGCAGUCAGUACAACCACAUACAGCACCAUGCCUCGGGUGGCAUUUUAUGCAGGACUACGAAACCCCCAAGAAGGUUACGAUAUUUUACGAUUUGAUGACGUGGUGACUAAUAUCGGUGGUAACUAUGAGGGCACGACGGGCAAGUUCACCUGUAAGAUUCCUGGCACUUACUUUUUCAUCUACAAUGUGCUGAUGAGGGGAGGAGAUGGCACCAGCAUGUGGGCUGACCUGAUCAAGAAUAGUCUGGUCAGGGCCAGCGCCAUUGCCCAAGACCAGGAUCAGAGUUAUGACUACGCCAGCAACAGUGUCAUCCUUCAUUUGGAUGCAGGCGAUGAGGUUUUCAUAAAAUUGGAUGGGGGAAAGGCCCACGGGGGCAACAGCAACAAAUAUAGCACAUUCUCAGGGUUCAUCCUCUAUGCCGACUGAAGACUGAAGUUGGGACAGGAUGUGGGCUCAGAGGUGAAAGGUCACAGCCAGAAGAUGUUCACUUCCUGACUUUAACUUGGCUCUCGCAGUAAGGUUAAUGUUGCCCAUAGUCACUGAUCCACAGUCAGAUUGUUUUUACAGAUGUUUAAGCAUUGAUACAGUGACUAAGGCUGUGGAUCUGUGGUUAUCUGUAACUGUGUACUUCCUCAUCCAUAUGUUCCGUUGUAUACAGGGUGCCUAUGCUGCUAUUCUGAUGGACGUAAGCAACGAAACAGUGACAGUGAUGUCAAGUGUCAUGCUGAGGUGCAGUAGCUAACAAUUCUGACAGUGAAGAAGCCUCACCAUCAUUUUUGAGCUGUCAUUUCAGUUUUAAGUCUGGAAAUCUAACAGUCAUGGUGACUGCAGUGUUUGUAAAUGUGCUGUUCAGAUUUAUGUUAAAAUUAUGUUUUCUCAUGCUGUUUGUAUGAUAAAAUGUUGUGCUUCAAUGACAGAGGAGAUAUAUUCUGUCCCGAGAAAUGCUAAUUUGUCAAAUAUUGGGCGCCAAAAUGAGAUUAUGCUUGUUGUUCUGAAUGGCAGACAGUGUCACAAACUGUAUUGUGUCUUAGUGUGAUCAUUUUGAAAGUCAUGUUAUAUCAGCCCAUUCAUUUUUGCAUAUUGUUAGUGUGUAAACUGUAGAUUUGAUAUUUAAUCUUGAUGUCUGAACAAAAUCAAAAUAGUGUACAUACACCAUAUUGUGUGUCUAUUAAAGAAUAUAGCUGUAGAUUGAUAGUUGUACAAUUAUAUCACAUAAUGUGCUGUAAAUAUUUAUUUGAAUCAUGCAUGCAACACCUGUCAAAAUGUUCUAUAUGUUUCCACAAAAGAUAAAAAGAUAACAGUGACUUUAAACAAAGCUAAAUAGCUAGGUGUGGGCUUAAGGAACAUCUAUUGCUGUUGCGUUUACUUUUAAUGUCCAUGAUUUUUCAUUAAAAAAAAAUUGUUUUUUUUGCAUCUUCUCACACCUUAUGAGGUUAAUGUCACUCACGUAAUCUAUUUCUUGAUCAGCUGUUCUGUUCGCAAAUUUUCCAGUGAAACCAGCCUUUAGUCCUGUAAAUGUUACACCCGAGAGCCACGCCAGCGUAGCGAGAGGCAAUCAACGCAGAGAUGAUCACUGAGGGAGAGGGGAGAAGAAAUCACAGCUGUGUUAAAUGCCAAAUGAAGCGGGAGAUGAUUGUGUUUCACAAUCAAAGGAGAGAUGUGUGUUUUCCUCUAAUGUGUGUGGAGAUUUAGCGCGAAAAAGUCAGGGGAUGGAUGUUAACAUAUCUUGACAAAGCUUAGAUCAGUGUCGGAAAGUAAUCGAGGGCAAAUUAGGCUCUGCUGUGACGGCAACAGAAGUGUCAGAGACAGGAAAAUAGCUUCCAGGCAUAAACUGUAAAAACCAAUAUAUUUUUCUGUUUUCUUAAAAGCUCACUUUGAUAUUAUGAAAUUCUUUGGACAUAGUUUGCCUUUGACAUGGGCCUUGUAGGGUCCAAAACUGUCUCUUAUUUAGUUUAAAACACAAACUUUUAAGAGUUUAAGCACUAAGGUUUUGAGGGUGUCAAGAAAAGUAAACUGUUAAAAUGCACAUUUACUUAUUCACAGAAGCAAAUACAAGUGAAUGCCAUCCCUGUUACCGCUCAAGCUCUCAUUUGUUUGAGCUGUAAACUGGUUGAGUAGUAUACAGUUGAUUAAAAUGACGAGACUAGAUUGCCACACUGUGCAGCGCUAGAGCACCCUGUUGUCUGUUUAACUGCUUUUCAACUCCGUUCUUAACUUAAGCUUGUCUUAAGACAGCAGAAUUCCUCCAGACACAAUUAAGACUGAAGGUCCGUGCCUAAGCAGAGGUCACCCGAGCCAGGGGGCAGCUGAGCACUAGCACAGGCUGUUUUCUCCUUGCAGGGUCCAUGAGUACAUCGUCAAAUUAGAGACUUCAUGUCACAAUGUCAAAGACAAAUGCCCCAGGUCUGCCAGAAACAGCUUUCACUGCUGAAACCCUCGGAACUGAACAUUGCCCGAGAGUCUGCAACAUCUGUACUUUUCCUGAAGCCCUCAGGGAGAAAAUAAAACAAAUGCAUCGAAAACAUUCUUAUAUAAAAACGCUUAGGAGACAAGAAGUUCAACUAAAUUUAUCAUUUCAAAAUGUAUGAGUGAAAAGAGUCAAAUAAAAAUGCAGCGGAAUUCAUUUGUUUCUUCAUUUUCCCAGGAAGGACUUUAGUUGUGCCAUCAUGUUAGCAAAUAAUACUUUUGAUUGCAUCAUGGUGCAUAGAUAAAAAUUUAACCCCUGAUUUAGCCAUCCACAAAUCCUUUUAAGAGGCAUUUAUCGAGGUCAGAGUCAUAACGAAAACAGGGGUGAGCCUAAAACCAUCUGUGGAAUCCUCUGCGUAAAACAUAGAGAAAUUCUCUUGGCAGGCAACGUGUUUUCCUCAUCCUGCACAACUGGGUGAUCCCUUACUCAAGCUAUUGUGCUUAUGUAAGUGGCACAAACCCCCUCCUCGGGGUAGUUUGGUUUUGAUGGUGACAUUAGCUGAACAACCAACCCAACAGGACACUAUGGAGCCGUUGUUUUAAUAUGUGAUGAAACAGCAUCUGGAAUGUAUGUGACCCUUCAACCAAUAACUAAUAUUUCAUCUCAUGUCCUCCCUGACUUUAUUCAGGCCCAAGGUUUGAAGAUAAGUAUUCCUCUGAGAAGUGCUAUAAGCUGCUUUUUGUUGACGUAAGCUUCAUCUCUUGGACUCGGCUUUGGGGAUAUUUUAAGAUUUUCUACUGUACCUCUUUUCAUCAUGUAUAAGUAGAAGGAUUUGAAAGAUUAUGUCUCUGCAAGCUUGUUUUAAUUUAGGUAAUCUCCAGCGUAUGCAAACAAAACUGACGAAAAUUUUGAUUCAUUCACUCCCGCCCACUCCCUAUCAGUAAACUGAGAUGGCUUCAGUUUGACAUUUGCAGGGGCCAAUUGAUGAGGCGUGAGGCUUAUCGGGCUACUGCAGAGUGUGCGUGCAUGUUUGUGGGUCCAUGUGUGUGAAAGUUUGGGUCAGUGUACGGGUCAGCGUGCAUGUGUGUCCCUGCAUGUGUCUUAAGUUUCAAUGAGACAGGAGAAUGCUAGGCUUGGAAAGAGUACCUCCUCUGAAAUGUCUGAAGUGAUGUUAAUAAGCCCUUGGUGUUGUUAUCUUUAGCGUCCCCCACUUAACUCACCAGGGGAGAUCCAAAUUAGAGAUAGAUGCUUUAAUUGUCAAGCUAAAUUGCCCUUGUUGCUCAUGUACACUUCCUCCCAACAAAUGUACAGCCUUUCCCCACACUAAAAUGCACAAAUGGUUUCACUCGUGUGGGCGGGAACCUAAGAUGUUUACUUCGAUUUUAACACAAAGACUAGAACUUGGCAGCACAAAUUGUCACACGUCAGUUAUUUUAAUAUGUUUGGCAUUGCACAAACACACUAGAGAACCCAAAGGAAAAAUGAAUAAAAAUCUACACAUGCUCACUGUUAUGGUUUCAGCAUGUUGCAUUGUAUUUUGUGCCAUUUCUGUUGCUUCUUUGUAGUUUUCUGUAUGUCCCCUGUUUUUGUUAGUUAUUCUGAAUUGUGUAGGUUUUGGUUGAUUCCUGUGUUCUCUGUUCUCCCUUGUGUUGUCUCAUGUUGUGUCAAGUUUCUGUGUUCAGUUGAUUUCAUGCUUUCUGUCUGUUUUUCCUGUUUCCUGUUUUAGUUUGAUAGUCUGGUUUUCUGUCUUGUCUUGUCCAGUUUACUUCCUGUGUUUUCCCGCCUUUGUUGAUUGUCCUGCCCCGGCCUAAUGUGUGUCACCUGAUGUUACCACCUGUUCCUUGUUUGCUCCCUACCUCAUGUAUUUAGCCUCUGUGUUCCCUUUGUCUCUUGUUAGAUCAUCUUGUGUUGCUGCUCUGUGCUUUGUAACUGUUUGAGUUUGUUCCCGUUUCUUCCUGCCCGUGUGUUGCCGUCAAUCUAUGUCAGUUUGCUCUGCCGAUGUUCAGCCCUUCAGUUUGUGCAUUGCCUAGUAAGUUUUCCAGUCUUCCUACUGCCGCUUUUCGUUGUAUUAAAACCCUGAGUUCAAACCA